GUAAUACAGUAUCAACUACUAGCUCUCAAAAUGGUUUGAGUGCAGAUCUCACUCCUGUGAUACAGGUGAAAGAUGUUCUGUUAGAGAACUCUGAGUUCUGUAAACUAAACCUCCUUUUGAAAGAUAUGCAGAGGCAAGUAAGUGAAAUUCAGAAAAAAUUAGAUCAGUUUGAUAGUAUGUCACUGCCAAUCUCAAAUACCACGGAGAGCCGUUCUGAUAUUGGCCAGGUUAAGUCUUUACUGGAUGUAACUCAAAAUAAGCUUUUGAAUUUAGACCCAAUAGCCUGUCUUUUAGAAAGGCAUCCUAAAAUAUCUCCAGACAACCUAAAUAAAGCUGAAAAUCUGAUUGACUGCUUGGCUACGGAGGUGAUGAAGCGUAUAACCUCUUCUCACCAAGCUAUAGUUUACAACGUCCCAGAUUCUCUGCCCCUGAAAACUGUAAGACACAAAAUCCUGAUUUGUUGCGGCAUGGCUAGUGUUCCAUGUGAAUGCAAACGACUUCGUAAAAAGUCUAACCAGGCUAAUUGCCCAAUCAUUUUUAAAUUCAGUAAUUCCCUUGAUGCUAGUAAGUUUACUAAAUGUCAGGAUCACUUAAGACUGAAUAGCAGUUAUAAGUCUAUAACCGUAGCUCAGGAUAAAACACCGUGUCAGCGCAGAAUAAUGCGUAGUAAUAACCUGGUCACCUCCUCUAGCUUUGAUUUACCAAAAAAGGAUCGUGCACAGCAACAGACACCUAGUGCUGAAACUAGCAUUCAGCAAACUACACAACAACCACACCUGCCAAUGGAACUAGGAACUGAUUUAGAUACCAGUACCCCUGUAAAUAAAGCCUCAUCGAAAGAUGUUAAAAUGACUAGAACUUCUGCAAGUUGUUCUAAGAAAUUUCCCCCAAACGUAGUAACCUCACCACGAUGAACAAAUUUCGCAGGGUUGAGACUAAUGAUGGGGAAGAAUACUUUGUAUUCAAUAAGCCUGCUGAGAGUAAGAAUGCCAACAAACCAUCACUUGUUACGAAAAACUCCUCUCGAAACAUAAGUAUAUCUGGAGGUGUUCCGCAUGCUCCACCUUAUAGAAAGUCAGGCUCCAAGACUCCUAAAGUCUUGCAGCCAAAGCACCUUCCUUCACAAUUCCCUUUAAGUUAUAAAAACAACCCGAAGGUGUAUACCGGUAUGACGAAUAGCAGUUGGAUGGGUAGACCUUUUGAUGCUAUGCCUUUUAACC